ACAGAUAUUUAUUCUGACAAUUCAGAUUCUAUAUCAAGCUUUAUUCCUGUAGCUCAGGAGUCAUGCCAUAAUACACCGGUUAAAAAGCAGUUACCAUCCAAAAAACAAUCAGGGACUCAAAAGAAAAAGAAAAGAGCCCCUGCUGGACCUAUGGGGAAGGGGAACAGGCAAUUGGUUUCAAAGCACAGCCUUGAAGAUGUUCAUGGAGAGGAACAUUUAGAUAAAAAGAAGAAUCUUCAUCCUUUUAAGCUAAACAUUCAGUUGAAGAGAGCAACACCUCAAAAAAUAAGAGAGACUUCUUUACCAAAGCCUCAGAAUAAUGUAUUAUAUCAAGAAGAUCCUUGUGAGCAGCAUGUGGCAAAAAAACAUUCAAAUAUUUCAGUAACACCACAAAACAAUCAAAGAUCUUUAUCACAUAACCCACUACUACCACUUCAUAGUAAUGAAAUGUUUAGAAGAGAAUUGAAUCAAUUUAAUACGGAUGAUUCUGAUUCAGUAGUAUUGCCUACAAGCAUACCCAUCGUUCGGCGGUCCAAAAGAACACGUAUCAAACCAUUGGAAUAUUGGCGAGGAGAACGUAUUGAUUAUAAGAUGUGCACAUCAGGAGACUUUGUAAUUAGUGGAAUAAUAUCACCUGAAGAAAGAGAAUCUAGGAAAUGCAAAGCGAAAAUUGGUAUGAAAUCUGUGUCAGAAACCGAGAAUUUGCACAAUAACUCAAUUUUCACAGAAAGUGUUUUUCAGCCAGCUGUUGUUUUUAAUAAAGCAUCUAAUCAACAAAUUCUUCUGGAAUGUGUACAUAAUGGUAGUUCACCUGCAUUUUGCUUUAGUAAUGAAAUAUUGUCCAUUUAUAAAUACUUCAGUACACCUUCCUUUGCUUCUGGAAAAUUAAUAUUAAAUCCAUUAAAAGAAAAGGGAUAUCAGUAUUCCCACACAGACACAUUAGAGGGAUGCUUUAAACCAGUAGUUUCCAAAGUGGACGGUGGGAUGACUUAGAGGGGCGCUAAGAGGCAAGGGGGCAGCUUCCUUCCGUUGUGCUAAGAGGCAAAGGAGGUGGCAGAGGAGUGCUGGAGGUGGCCCCCUCGCAGGGUGCAAUUCUGCCUGGGCUCUGUUGGCCACCAGUCAGCUGAGCACUUCCGGCACGGGUGAAAUUCAGCCGGUUCUGACCAGUUCUCCUGAACGGUAGGAC